GAGUCACCUCCACCAGAUCACACAGGGCAACAAGCACUCCUUACUAUAUUCCCUUAGCUACUGCAACACACAAUUGAGCUGCUCCUCCUAAUAUAACUGCACAAGAAGAGGAGGCGAUAUGAAGAAAUCAUAAUAAUAAGUUUCUUGGUGCUUCCGGGUAAAGCUUGAUCCGCCUCCUGUAUCUGCAGCUCCCACUGAUCUCCUCUAUCCUGUGUUACCUGCACCACCUCUAAAUACUCCCUGCUCAGUCCUGCUUAAUGCUCUGAUAUGUCUGAGCUCAGGAAGAGAGGACCCGGUGAGCCGGAGCAGGACAAUAGCAGUGACAAAGAAACAGGGACGGAGGAUAAAUAUGUGGAAGGUGAUGGUGACUCGGAUAUUCCUGAUGUCCCAUCGUCAAAAGACGAAACUCCGGAGAUCCUUGAAAAAGCUCUUUCUGGAAUGUCCUCCAGAUGGAAAAACUGGUGGAUCCGGGGGAUAUUAAGCCUAACUAUGAUAUCAUUAUUUUUCUUACUCAUCUAUAUGGGACCAGUCAUGCUGAUUCUUUUGGUGUCUGCAAUUCAAGUGAAGUGUUAUCAUGAGAUAAUUACAAUUGGGCAUAGAGUGUAUCGCUCUUAUGAGUUACCCUGGUUCAGAACACUGAGCUGGUACAUCCUGUUGUGUGUAAACUACUUUUUCUAUGGAGAAACGCUGGCAGAUUACUUUGCUUCUUCUGUCCAAGGAGAGGACUCUCUUCAAUUUCUCAUACGCUACCAUCGCUUCAUAUCCUUUACACUGUAUCUCGUAGGUUUCUGCAUGUUUGUUCUGAGCUUAGUGAAGAAACAGUACCGUCUGCAGUUUUACAUGUUUGGAUGGACUCAUGUCACUUUGCUGAUCACUGUAACCCAAUCUCAUCUUGUCAUCCAAAAUCUCUUUGAAGGACUGAUCUGGUUUUUAGUACCUGUCUCCAUUGUUAUCUGUAAUGAUAUAAUGGCUUACUUAUGUGGAUUCUUUUUUGGCAGAACACCAUUAAUUAAGCUGUCACCCAAAAAAACCUGGGAAGGAUUUAUUGGUGGUUUCUUCCUCACAGUAAUAUUUGGAUUUUUGUUUUCCUACGUCUUCUGCCAGUUUCAGUACUGUGUGUGUCCCAUAGCAUACAGCAGUGAAACGAACAGCUUCUCCGCUGAAUGUCAUCCUUCAGAAAUCUUCAGACUCCAGGAGUAUUCCAUCCCACCAUUUCUACAGACGCUACUAGGAUGGAAAUACGUGCGUUUGUACCCAUUCCAGAUUCACAGCAUUGCCCUGUCAACAUUUGGGUCUUUAAUUGGUCCAUUUGGAGGAUUUUUUGCCAGUGGUUUCAAGAGAGCGUUCAAAAUCAAAGAUUUUGCCAACACAAUCCCCGGACAUGGAGGUAUCAUGGAUCGUUUUGACUGUCAGUAUUUAAUGGCUACCUUUGUGCACGUGUAUAUUGCAAGCUUCAUAAGGGGUCCAAAUCCAAGCAAAGUUUUGCAGCAACUUCUAGUACUGCAACCUGAACAACAGCUCAACAUCUUCAAGAUCUUGAAGACCCAUUUGAUCGAGAAAGGUGUCAUCCAGGCAGGACUUCCUGAGCUAUAACCAGGCUAUAACAAUCUGAAUGUAAAAACAGAGCUGUACAGUCACUGUACGGUCUCGAACACUCAACCUGAAAGCUCAGAUCCUUGGUUGAAAUUUUUAAAAGAGCUCGGGUUUCAAGAUCUGCUCCACGAAAUAUCGAGGACCAUCUUUAUAAGAUAUCUGGAGAGACUGUUGUUGUGAAAGAAAUGUUAAAAUUUAAGUGUUUCAACCAGGUGCAUAGAAAAUUGAAGAUCAAACGGCUAAAGCUAAAAAGUUCUGCAUGGUCUGUAAGGAACUAUUUCUGAUGAUCAAAUAAGAAUUUCUAUAUAUUAAACAUGUGCAUAUAUGGAAUCUAUAUAUACAUAACUACAAAAGCACACGCAAAUAGAUCCCACCAUUUUAUUUUGCUACCUUUACCCACUGAAGUAUAUUUUUUGUCCGCAUUUUAUGUUUUUCGUGUAUAAAGGACCACAGAUAAUUUUAGAGGUUUUAUUAAUGUUGCUACAUUUUUAUUUUAUUAUUGGCAGAGACCUACAUUUUAAAAAGUCUGGCAAUGGAAACCUCCAUCUUCUCCUGUGUAGAUUUAACAACAUUUUACUGGGCUAUUGUACAGCACAGGUUGUAAUUUUACAAGUGAUCUUUUUUUGGUGUACUAGGCAGCUGUUGUAUAUAAAAUAUGACUAAGAUUUUUAAUAGUUUUAUUUAUAAUUGAGUAUAUUGAUCAUAAAAAUAUUGUAUACUUA